AUGACUGCAAAGAUCAUCACCGUCUUCGGUGCCACGGGCAAUCAGGGUGGCAGCACUGUGUCGGCUAUAUUGAACAACCCCAGCCUAUCAUCCAAGUACAAGAUCCGCGCCAUCACCCGCGACCCAUCCAAGCCGGCGGCUCAGGCACUGGCAUCCCGAGGCGCGGAGCUAGCCAAGGCCGAUCUCAACGACAUUGCCAGCGUCAAAGCCGCCAUCGCCGGUUCGUACGGUGUCUUCGCCGUCACCAACUACUGGGAGACGACGUCCAAGAGCGGAGAAACGCAACAGGGCAAAAACAUUGUCGACGCGUGCAAGGAACAAGGGGUCCAACACCUCGUCUGGUCGUCUCUGCCGAACGUCACCCAGUUGACGCACGGCCAGCUGUCCAAGGUGGAACAUUUCGACUCCAAGGCCGAAGUGGCCGAGUACGCGGAACGGGUCAAGGGAGACAUGAUCGUCUCGUACUUCAUGCCUGGCUACUUCAUGUCCAACUUGACCGGCCAGAUCGGCCGGGACCCGGAUUCGGGUACGGUCAGCUUGAGCCUGCCCUGGGACCCGACCACCACCUGGGUGCCUGUGAUCGACAUCCAGAAAGACACGGGCCUGUUCACCGCGGGCCUCUUCGAGGCCGCUUCAAAGGCCAACGGUGUCUCUGUCCAGGGCGUGAGCGAAUGGCUUCACCCGCGCCAGAUCACUGAUACCUUGUCCGAAGUCACGGGUAAAGACGUUGUGUUCGUCCAGCAGCCCGCCAGCGUCGAGUCCGCCGCCUCCCUGGGGAACAGGAUUGCCGAGGAGUUGACCCAGAACAUGAUCUUGAUCCGCGACUACAGCUACUUUGGCAAGGGCGCCGAGAAGGACCAGGCCGAGAGUGAUCAGUUUCUAGUCGCUGGCGCCAAGAAGAAUACCUGGAAGCAAUUCGCCGAGACCGCGCAGUGGAAAUGGUAG